CCCCUCCCCCCCCCCCCCCCUAUCACGAUGCACUUCUUCCUCUCCCUGCUGGUGGUGGCUACUACCAUGGCGGUGGCAGUCUCUGCCGCAGGCCCGCGGGCAUACGUAGAGACGGCGUACUCGCACACCCUCACCACCGCCCUUCGUGACGCCUCCCUGGACGUCUUCCAUGACAAGUUCUCGUCGGUUGCUCUUCCGGAUGUGGCGGGAAGGGCAUCAGCCUUUAUUGGCUCGGUCGACUAUGCUCUUCGCUCGCUGCUGCUGCAAUCGGUGGCUUUGAACAACGCCCAGCUGGUCUUCCUCCCUCCCUCCCGCAUCGUUGUCAAGUCGGUCGAUCUGGCCGCCGCCGCCUCCUUCCACUGGUCCUACCGCGAGGUUGCCUGGCCGCAUGCGUCAGAUGGCGGUUCGGGCACUGCUCGCGUCUCCCGGACCUCGGUCGAGCUCACCAUCGAGCUCAGCAAGGCUGAAGAUGGCCGGCCUACCGUCGCCGUCGCCGAUGCCAACGUCGUCGUUGGCGAGCUCGACAUCUCGCUUUCGGGCGGCGCGUCGUGGCUGUACAAGUUUGUUCUGGGUGCGUUCAAGGCCCACGCUGUCGACUCGCUUCAGUCUGCGCUCCGCGACGCCGUCGUCGACGCCUUUACCGAGCAGGCCUCGGCCUUUGUCGCCGCCCUCCCGCUCCGUCUUGACCUCGGCGCCAAGACCGGUCUACCUGUCGGCACCGUGGACCUCUCGCUUGUUGCCGCGCCCGUUGUUGACGACGCCUUUGUCCGCUCUUCGCACCUCGGACGCAUCGUUGAUCCGGCCGACCCGGCCCACGCCUACGAGCCCACCGUCGAGGUUGGCCCGCUCCCGGCGCUCGACUCGGGUCGCGACGUCCAAAUGGCGGUCUCCGCCGGCUUGCUCAACUCGGACUUUUCCUACAUGUAUGCCACCAAGGCGCUCAACACCCAGCUGGUGGCGCUUCCGGCAUCGUCGCCCAUCCAGCUCUUGGUCUCCAACUUUCGCCAGAUGGUCCCUGCGCUUGCCAAGUACUUUAAGGACUCGCAGCAGAUGCUAGCAGUGGUGACACUCGACGCCCCGCCGAACAUCACCCUCUCUGCCUCCCGUGGCGUUCUCCUGGAGGCCCACGCAAGCAUCGCGUUCUCGGUCUACCCCGACGGGAUUGUGGUGACCGACCCGGCCACCGCGCCCGCCGCCGCCUUUGCCUACGAGCUUGGUGCCGUCUUCAAGGCUUCGGCCUCCUUUGCCCUGGCACCGGCCUCGGCACCGCCCUCGCACACCCUCCUUGUCGGCUCGGUGGCGGGCCUCGAUGUCGACCUCUCCGCCCGCCGCUCCGCCAUCGGGCCGGUCGACGCCACCACCACCUCGCAGUUUGCCAACUUUGCUCUCCACCGGGUCCUCGUCCCGCAGCUCAACGGCUACCUCUCCACCGGCUACCCACUCCCGCUUGCCGCCGGCAUCGACCUCGUCGAUCCCGAGCUUACCACCCUCGACGGCGCCUUUCUCAUCAACUCGGGCGUCAAGAUCUCCGCUGCUCUCCUUGAGUCGCUCCUCGAGUAAUCGAGCCACACCAAGCCCACAAAGAACGACAGCCAGUCACACAAAACACCAUCAAGAACCACACAGAGCCAACG